GAGUGUGAUGAAGCUCAGUUUCUCAGUUUAACAGACUUUAUGGUGAAACACUGAAAGUCUCUUUUUUUUUUUGUUGUUGUAAUCUUUCAAGUAAAGUCAUGAAGAUUGCAGACAGUAAUGUGAUUCGGUUUCACCUUCAAGAUCUUUAUGGGAUAUCUGUAAGCAGGUUUGGAAAGAAAAAGGACACGCUGCUCCUCAGUGGUGCAAAAGUUUUUGGCGCUCCUCUGGAAAAUUUACCAACACGAUACAUUCCUGAGUUUGGACUUGUGCCCUGCUUCUUACUGGAUGCUUCUCGUUUUCUGUUGGGGCGUGCUGGGACUGUGGGCCUGUUCAGGAAACCAGGCUCUCUUCCUCGCAUUAAAAAUCUGAGGGCAAAGCUGAACCAAGGCGAGGGGUGUCUGUCCACAGCCUCCCCGUACGACGUUGCCACCCUCAUCAAACAGUUUUGCAGAGAACUUCCAGAGCCUCUGUUCCCCUCUGAGCUCCACGCCGCUCUGCUCAAAGCUCAAGAACAACCCGACCCGCAGGACAGGAUGGCAGCCCUGCAGCUGCUGACCUGUCUGCUUCCAGCCAGAAACGCCUCCUGCUUGCAUUAUCUGUUCGACUUCCUCUGCAAAGUUUCGAAAAGAUGCACUGACAACCUGAUGACCAGCUCCAAUCUCGCCACAGUCUUCGCUCCGUGUCUGUUACCACCUCCAAACAAGACAGAAAUGUCUGAAGGACGACUCAAACUCAGAGUUGUGGUGCUGCAAACGUUCACUGAGAACCCCAGUCUAUUUGGUGUGAUUCCCAAAGACAUAAUGGACAGUAUGGAAUUUCUCGUUAACUUCCAUUUUCUGAAAGAUGUAAAUCCGAAGAAAGGAAACCGGAAGAUGAAUGCUUUUAAAGAGAUUCGAUCUGGAAGAACGGCGUCCUGGUUUCAGGGUAGGUCAAAGAUCAAACGGGGAAACUCUGAGCCGAGCUGCAUGUCCACAGAAGACAAAUCGAAGCUGAGGAGAAGCCUCGGCCUGGAGAGUUUCCCCAACAUCCAGCUGUUCAGGACCUGCAUGCAUCAGCAAGAUCAAGGCUUCAGACCUGCAGCAGCUGUGACGGAUGACUUUAACCCUGCAGACAAAGAGCUGAGCAAGCAUCCUGUGCUCUCUGCUGUGGAGAAACUUGCAAACUGGAGAAGACGCUCUAUGACAGAAAUGGGAUCCUCGGUGCGGUUGUCGUUGUUGGGCCUCCUCCUGUGCCUGCAGGCCGGCAGAGCUCCAGCCCGCAGCCCCCGCACGGCCGACCAGGUGUCGGAGGCCGACAUCCAGCGGCUGCUGCACGGCGUCAUGGAGCAGCUGGGCAUCGCUCGGCCCCGCGUGGAGUAUCCCGCACACCAGGCCACGAACAUCGUGGGGCCUCAGAGCAUCCAGGGUGGCGCUCAUGAAGGGCUGCAGCACCUCGGUCCUUAUGGGAACAUCCCCAACAUCGUGGCUGAGCUGACAGGAGACAAUGUUCCCAAAGACUUCAGUGAUGACCACAGCUACCCGGACCCUCCAAACCCCUGUCCAAUUGGAAAAACAGUUGGAGACGGAUGUUUGGAGAAUGCUCCUGACACAGCCGAGUUCAGCAGAGAGUUUCAGAAACAUCAGCACCUGUUUGACCCAGAACAUGACUAUCCAGCUCUGGCCAAGUGGAACAAAGAGCUUUUGUACCAAAAACUGAAGGGCGGACCAAAAAGAAGAAAAAGGAGUGUCAACCCGUUUUUACUGGGUCAGAGGCUCGACAAUGUGGUCGCCAAGAAAUCAGUUCCCCACUACCCUGAGGAAGAGGAGGAGGAAGCACCGACCAUCUCAGCUCCCAGCAAACCUACAGUCUGAACUCUAAACUGAAAGUGCCCUCAGUUCUUUACGCUACAUCAAUGAGAAACUGUCAAAUGCAAUGGUUGGUUGUGUUAUAUAAAUAUAUACACAGGCCCAGAUCUUUGUUUGUAAUGAGCAACAACGCUGUGGUUCUGUUUUAGCUUCUGCUUUAGCUUCUGCUUUAGCUUCUGCUUUAGCUUCUGCUUUAGCUUCUGCUUUAGCUUCUGCUUCCAACAUGUUGCACGAGAGAACCUGACGUGAAAACUCAACAUUUUCUGAAAGAGUGAAACAGCUACAUCAUCAUGGGCAUCUUUCCUCUAAAGUUAAAGACAACUUACUCCUAAAAAUUUAUAUUAAAAUACACGUACAUUUUUUUUAUUUUUGAACCUCAGAGUCAUUUCAAACAAAGAAUAAGAAUUAAAAUGAAAUCCCUUGAGGGAAAAUAUUUUAAAUUUCAGCAAGACAAAUAUAAUUCAACUAUCAGCUAAAUGUUAAAAUGAACUGAGCUUACUGUUGUUCUCAAAUCAUUCAUAACAAAUUCUAAAUUCUUGAGCCCAGAAUAUGAACUGUGUUAUGCUGUGAACCUGCAGCUGGAUUUAGAUUUACUGAACGUUCUUCAUAAAGUUACGUUAACCAGACAUCUUUCACCGUGAAGUUUUUGUGUGCCAACAUUUACACAUGCCUGUUAAAUCAAAAACUAAUUUUCUUUAAAUAUCUAGAAGCACAAAUGUCUUUGUUGUAAAGAACAUGAUGGUGACCAGUUUCCAGUCCAGCAGCAGCUGGAAGUCUCAGCACAGACUCUUAUCUUGUUUACCGCAUCUUGUCAAAAUGUUUGUGUUCUGUUUUUGUUCCGUGAAGUCAAAUAAACGAUUUAUCUGCAUUGACAAA